AUGGCUCCCAGACAACGCGUCGUCUCUGCCCACCAGGAAAAGAGCUUUUUGGGUGCCGCCUACGAUGAAGUCACUCAUCCUGAGAACGCCACCAUCGUGAGAAGUGUUCUUGUCUUCGGCGCCGGUGUCGCUUUCCUUUACAGCUCUCUCAGCGAACUCCUGCUCCCUCCGUAA